AACUUCCAUCUCUGGCUCUUCCCGGCUGGGAGCGACAGCCCCAGGCGGUACCCCAGCCGUCUCUCCUCCUGCCAACCGCCCCUAACCUCUUCUUGUCUCGCCUACACUUUUGUGCUUCAGCAUCUCUUUCCUUAAAACCCUCUCUCUCCUCCGCUCCCCUCCCCUUCUCCUUCCUUCUGUGUGCCGCCCAGCACUCCAGUCCCCCCGGAGGGAAGCCUGAAGGGGUCUGUGGGGCACUGCUUGAGUGCUACAUGGAUCCCAGCUUACAUCUGUAGCUACAGAGGACACCUAUGGAGCACUCACACGGGACCAGGCUUGUCUAGGCACCUUACCUGAAUUAACUCCUCCUAAUUUAGUUUAAUCCUAAUUUCCCGCCCUGGGACAGGUAGUGUUACUCUCGAUUAGGAAGGAGUGAAGUGAGGCAUGGAGUAGUUAUGUAACUUGCUCUAGGGGAUUCAGAUCGAGGAUGGGAGAUUCCAGAGUCCUAACUCUUAACCUAGCUGUUAAACUGGGCCUGAAGGUAAACCCGGCUUCCCGCUCCUAGGUGCCUGCCCUUGACUUUCACCAUCUCUUUCCCCAGGGCCCUGUCUUUGCAGGGCUCACUCUUGUGUGAACACUCCAAGAACCUGUGUGUGUGUUUGUGCAGCAGCACAUGCAUGUGUAGUUGUGCUCGUGCAGGUGUACAGCUGUGGAGUACCGCAGAGCCAGAGUGGGGUCAGGAUAGCACAUUCUUGUGGGCUACGGUGAUGAGGAUGGUGAUGGGACUGAUGACAAAUGCUUGGUCUGUUACUGACCAUGAUGGAUAUCUGCAGGGGACAUGCGUGUUGGUGGCAUAUGUCAGGUGAUAUUAUCUUGAUCUGACUUGGAUCUGUCUCUGAUGGGGACCUGACUGAGGUGAUCCAUGCUUCAUGUGGGUGAUGGCUGUGUGUGUCACUUGACUGCUGUGUGUGGAGAUGGCACAGCGCAGUGGCAUGGGCUGCUGGACAUCAUGGAAAUUUAACAGGCUUGACAGCUUGUGAGGGUGUGCACACCUCAACCCCUGCUGGCACCUGCCCCAUCCUGGUACCAGUGAACAGAGCAGGAGCCGGCAGCCAUCCCUGCUCCUCUGUUAGCCUUUGGAGGCUCUCUCUCCCCAGAGGCUGGGUUGGGCUGCAUCCCUAAGAUCAGCUUGGACCAGCAGCCAGAUCCGUGACUGUGUCUGCAGUAUGGGGGACAUUCUGCACCCUGCCUACUUCCACAGAAGGGUCAGAAGAGACAGACAACAAAAACUCCUCCCCAAAGGACUCUUACUGACAUGGCAACCAUAAAGAGAGCAGCCCUUUCCUUUGUCCCAUGGAGGCUUCCAGAGGAAGUGACUACCAUGACAGGAACCUGGCACUGUUUGAGGAAGAGCUGGACAUCCGGCCAAAGGUGUCAUCUCUUCUGGGCAAGCUCGUCAGCUACACCAACCUCACACAGGGCGCCAAGGAGCAUGAGGAGGCUGAGAGUGGAGAGGGUGCCCGUCGGAGAGCAGCCAAGGCACCCAGCAUGGGCACCCUCAUGGGGGUGUACCUGCCCUGCCUGCAGAACAUCUUUGGGGUUAUCCUCUUCCUGCGGCUGACCUGGAUGGUGGGCACGGCCGGCGUGCUGCAGGCCCUCCUCAUUGUGCUCAUCUGCUGCUGCUGUACCUUGCUGACGGCCAUCUCCAUGAGCGCCAUUGCCACCAAUGGUGUGGUUCCAGCUGGGGGCUCCUAUUUCAUGAUCUCCCGCUCGCUGGGGCCAGAAUUUGGAGGUGCCGUGGGCCUGUGCUUCUACCUGGGAACAACAUUUGCGGCAGCCAUGUACAUCCUAGGGGCCAUUGAGAUCUUGCUGACCUACAUUGCCCCUCCAGCCGCCAUUUUUUACCCAACAGGCACUCAUGACACAUCGAGUGCCACCUUGAACAAUAUGCGGGUAUAUGGGACCAUUUUCCUGACCUUCAUGACCCUAGUGGUAUUCGUUGGUGUCAAGUAUGUGAACAAAUUUGCCUCACUCUUCCUGGCCUGUGUGAUCAUCUCCAUCCUCUCCAUCUAUGCUGGAGGCAUCAAGUCUAUUUUUGACCCUCCUGUGUUUCCAGUAUGUAUGCUGGGCAACAGGACACUGUCCCGGGACCAGUUUGAUGUCUGCGCCAAGACGACCGUGGUAGACAAUGAGACAGUGGGCACCCAGCUCUGGAGCCUCUUCUGCCACAGCCCCAACCUCACAGCUGAGGCCUGCGACCCCUACUUCCUGCUCAACAAUGUGACUGAGAUCCCCGGCAUCCCUGGUGCAGCUGCCGGUGUACUCCAGGAAAACCUGUGGAGCGCCUACUUGGAGAAGGGUGAGGUCGUGGAGAAGCAUGGGCUGCCCUCCAGGGAUGCCCUUGGCCUGAAGGAGAGCCUGCCCCUGUACGUGGUGGCUGACAUCGCCACGUCCUUCACUGUGCUGGUUGGCAUCUUCUUCCCCUCAGUAACAGGCAUCAUGGCUGGUUCCAACCGCUCUGGGGACCUCCGAGACGCGCAGAAGUCCAUCCCAGUGGGGACCAUUCUGGCCAUUGUUACCACUUCCCUUGUCUACUUCAGCAGCGUGGUUCUCUUCGGUGCUUGCAUCGAGGGUGUGGUCCUCCGGGACAAGUACGGCGAUGGUGUCAGCAGAAACCUGGUGGUGGGCACGUUAGCCUGGCCUUCGCCCUGGGUCAUCGUUAUCGGCUCCUUCUUCUCCACUUGUGGUGCCGGCCUGCAGAGCCUAACUGGGGCACCACGCCUAUUGCAGGCUAUCGCCAAGGACAACAUCAUCCCUUUUCUCCGGGUUUUCGGCCAUGGCAAGGCAAAUGGUGAACCGACGUGGGCCCUCCUCCUGACAGCACUCAUCGCUGAGCUGGGCAUCCUCAUUGCCUCCCUGGACAUGGUGGCCCCCAUUCUGUCCAUGUUCUUCCUGAUGUGCUACCUGUUUGUGAACCUCGCCUGUGCUGUGCAGACACUCCUGAGGACCCCCAACUGGCGGCCUCGGUUCAAGUACUAUCACUGGGCACUGUCCUUCCUGGGCAUGAGCCUCUGCCUGGCCUUGAUGUUUGUCUCCUCCUGGUACUACGCCCUGGUCGCCAUGCUCAUCGCUGGCAUGAUCUACAAGUACAUUGAGUACCAAGGGGCUGAGAAGGAAUGGGGCGAUGGGAUCCGAGGCCUGUCCCUGAGCGCCGCCCGCUAUGCCCUGUUGCGGCUAGAGGAGGGCCCUCCUCAUACCAAGAACUGGCGGCCUCAGCUACUGGUGCUGCUGAAGCUAGAUGAGGACCUUCACGUGAAGUACCCGCGGCUCCUCACUUUUGCCUCCCAGCUUAAAGCCGGCAAGGGCCUGACCAUCGUCGGUUCUGUCAUCCAGGGCAGCUUCUUGGAGAGCUACGGCGAGGCCCAGGCUGCUGAGCAGACAAUCAAGAACAUGAUGGAGAUUGAGAAGGUGAAGGGCUUCUGCCAGGUGGUGGUGGCCAGCAAGGUGCGGGAGGGGCUGGCCCACCUCAUCCAGUCUUGCGGCCUGGGAGGCAUGAGGCACAACACCGUGGUGCUGGGCUGGCCCUAUGGCUGGCGACAGAGUGAGGACCCACGCGCCUGGAAGACCUUUAUUGACACCGUGCGCUGCACCACAGCUGCCCACCUGGCCCUGCUCGUGCCCAAGAACAUCGCCUUCUACCCCAGCAACCAUGAGCGCUACCUGGAGGGCCACAUUGACGUGUGGUGGAUUGUCCACGAUGGCGGCAUGCUCAUGCUCCUGCCCUUCCUGCUGCGCCAGCACAAGGUUUGGAGGAAAUGCCGGAUGCGCAUCUUCACGGUGGCCCAGAUGGACGACAACAGCAUCCAGAUGAAGAAGGAUCUGGCCAUCUUCCUAUAUCACCUACGUCUCGAGGCAGAGGUGGAGGUGGUGGAGAUGCACAACAGCGACAUCUCUGCAUAUACCUACGAGCGGACACUGAUGAUGGAGCAGCGCUCCCAGAUGCUGCGGCAGAUGAGGCUGACCAAGACAGAGCGGGAACGAGAGGCCCAGCUAGUCAAGGACCGGCACUCGGCCCUGCGGCUGGAGAGCCUGUACUCGGAUGAGGAGGAUGAGUCUGCAGCUGGGACUGACAAGAUCCAGAUGACAUGGACCCGGGACAAGUACAUGGCCACGGAGCCCUGGGACCCCAGCCACACGCCCGACAACUUCCGGGAACUGGUGCAUAUUAAGCCGGACCAGUCUAAUGUGCGGCGCAUGCACACGGCCGUGAAGCUCAAUGAAGUCAUUGUCACACGCUCCCAUGAUGCCCGCCUGGUCCUACUGAACAUGCCUGGCCCACCCAAGAACAGCGAGGGUGAUGAGAACUACAUGGAGUUCCUGGAGGUGCUGACUGAGGGCCUCGAACGAGUGCUGUUGGUACGUGGUGGUGGCCGUGAAGUCAUCACCAUCUACUCCUGAGCCCAGUACAGACUUGUGGCUUAGAGUGAAGGUGUCCAGGGUAACACACAGCCCCCCUCCAGCACCCACCUGCCAGCCCCUUUGCCUGGCCUCACCCUGGACCCAGCUUUACUAGGUCUCCUUGGAGCCUGGCCCAGACCUGGCCAUGGAGAUGGAUCCGAGGUCCCGCAGGACCCUGAGAGGUUCGGGGACUUGCCCGUCCAGCACGCCAAGAUGCCUGUCCUGACUGGAGAAGACUGGUGGGGGCUGAUGUGGGGAUUGAAGGCAGCUGACCCGGGAGCGCUAUUUAUUGCAUAUUUAUUGUUUGGAUGUCACCAUCAGAGAGGAAGGGAAGGGUGACGAGGGAGGGAUCCGGCCCAGCCCGCCUGCAGGAAGAUCUGACUCAGCUCCUGUGGGCGGGGACCCCCACCAAGCCAAGUUGAAUGGAACCAGCCAGCUGAAGCCUGACUUUUUUCAAUAAAACAUUGUGUACUUCUGG